AUGGCUAGCCAGAGCCGCGCCGUGGUGAGAUCGUCGAAAGUGGGGAUCAUCGGCGCCGGGGUGAGUGGGGUGGCGGCUCUGAAGCAGCUGGCCCACUACGACCCCGUGGUGUUCGAGGCCGGCGACUGCAUCGGCGGCGUGUGGAAGAGCUGCUCUUACCACUCCACCAAGCUCCAGUCCCCGCGCAAGGACUACGAGUUCGCCGACUUCCCUUGGCCCAACAGGGACGACCCUACCUUCCCCUCCCACCUCGACAUUCUGGACUACCUCACGUCUUAUGCUCACCGUUUCGAUCUCUUCAAGUACGUCAACUUCAACACCAAGGUGGUGGAGAUCAGGUUCGUCGGCGGCGAUGGAGGUGGUCGUCAUGAUCUACACCAAACCGGCGGUGACGGUGAGUAUGGAGCCCUUCUCCCCGGCCGCCCGGUCUGGGAGGUGGCUGUGCGACCCAAUGGUCCGGAGAGUACCAUACAGUGGUACGAGUUUGAAAUGCUGGUGGUGUGCACGGGGAAGUAUGGUGACGUACCGAAAAUACCAGAGUUCCCGCAGAAGAGAGGGCCGGAGAUAUUCAAGGGGAAGGUGAUGCACUCCAUGGAUUACUGCAAACUGGACAAGGAAGAAGCGACGGAGUUGAUGAGAGGGAAGAAGGUUGCCAUCAUCGGCUUCAAGAAAUCGGCUAUCGAUUUGGCUGUGGAAUGCGCUCAAGCAAACCAAGGUCCAGAAGGGAAGCCGUGCACCAUGGUGAUAAGAACCUUACACUGGACCGUGCCCCAUUACUGGGUCUGGGGGCUCCCAUUCUUCUUGUUCUUCUCCACUCGAUCUUCCCAGUUCAUCCACCAACGUCCCAACCAGAACCUCCUCAGGGCCUUCCUCUGCCUCCUCCUUUCCCCACUGAGGCAUGCGGUUUCCAAGUUCAUAGAGUCGUACCUUCUCCACAAGCUCCCACUCCAGAAGUACGGGCUGAAUCCGGACCACCCGUUCGUGGAAGACUACGCGUCCUGCCAGAUGGCCAUCACUCCCAACGACUUCUUCCCGGAGGCCGACAAGGGCAACAUCUUGUUCAAGAGAGCUUCCAAAUGGUGCUUCACCACCACCGGCCUCCAGUUCCUCGACGACAACACUCGCCUCGACGCCGAUCUCGUCCUCCUCGCCACCGGCUACGAUGGCAAGAAGAAGCUCACCGACAUCAUCCCCGAGCCCUUCCGUAGCUUCCUCGAGUACCCUUCUGGUGUCAUGCCCUUGUACAGGGGAACGAUCAACCCACUGAUACCUAACAUGGCCUUCGUGGGCUACAUCGAGAGCGUUGCGAAUCUCCACACCGCCGAGCUCCGCAGCAUCUGGCUGGCACGACUGGCGGACAAGAAGUUCAAGCUCCCCAAGGUGGAGAAGAUGUGCGAGCAUAUAUCGCAGGAGAUCGAGAUCAUGAAGAAGACGACGAGGUUUUACCAGAGGCACUGCAUCUCCACUUACAGCAUCAAUCACAGCGAUGAGAUCUGUGAAGAAAUGGGGUUGAGCUCUUGGAGGAAGAACUCCUUUCUGGCUGAGGCGCUCAGCCCUUAUGGCAGCCAGGACUACAAACAUAUGGAGUGA